GCGACGGCGACGGCGACGGCAACAAGAGAUGCAGAUGGACAAUAAGGAUUUGCUUGACGCUCUUUAUCGUCACCGCGAGAUCCUGAAGCUGGAGAACAAUUUGCUGAGGGCAGACAUCGCGGCCCGGAAUCUGGCGACCAUUGCUGGAAAGAAGGCCUACCUACAGCGUCAUAACUCCGACGGAACAUCACUAAUCGGCGCGCCAUCUCAGUUGGUCGAGCAGUCGUCUGGCCACAAGAUCGCGAGCCUGCCUCUGGUGAGUUUGCCCUACCUCGUUGAUAAUCAGGGGGAGGCCCUCGAUCUGCUCUUGCACGAGGCGCACAAGUUGGCCUACCGGAUCCAAUCUCUCAAGACAGAGUUCGGUGUCACCAUCCCUUUGGACAAGCUCAGAUCACUGUUUCUACUGUCGCAAGAAUGUUUCAACAUCUCCAAAACCAUUGCGAUGCAUGGAUGGCCAGUUUCUUCUCAAUCUUGUGGGGAUGCUGAAACUUCUCUCUUCGAUUCUUGUCAAUCUUGUGGGGAUGCUGAAACUUCUCUCUUCAAUGAGCGCCGUAUCUGCUGGGAAAAUACUUGGGGCAGUCCUUCGUCUAGGUGUGGCAGCUUCAACGACAUAACCACACUGUCUCCUAUGUACACUACGCACUCUCCGCCUCGUGUCAUCGAAUCCCCUAGCUACGUCACCAAUGCCCUGCAGAUCUACUCCUUCAAAAUCGUUGACCUAAAUGUCAACUUGAAGUGGCCACUCUAUGUGUACGGCGUGGUGGCUGCUCGAGACGAUGUGGACUGUAACCGCAACCUUCUCUUCUCUUGCUCCAGGGCUAACUGCCAACUAGUCACUCAAGAGGAUCCUUUUUUGCACUUGACUGGCCCUUCUCGUGCAAUUGUGGCUGAGGAACCAGUUGACUUUGAAGUCGAACUAAAGAUAAAAUGUGGAACAGAUCAGUCCCAAGACAAAGCAUUGAUCAGUGCUACUAAUCACUACAGUUCUAGAGGUGAUGUUGCUUUUUUCUGGGGUCGCUCUUGUUCGGCAGAGUUGAGCCUUGAGACACUUCCUAGAGCAGUCCAGGCAGUUAUAUUGUCUAUUCGUGUGGUUGGAGGAGUGUCUCUCUUUGAAUUUGGAGGCCGAAUUGCUUGCUCCUCAUCUACUGAAGAGUAUGUUGAUCCCACACGUCAGCAAGUUGUGUUGGUUGAGUCUGCUGAGAAAAUUCCUGAGGAUGGUGGUUACCUUGCACUGUCAAGGAAGGUUGUUUCAGUAGGAUUACAAGGAGGAUUAAAAGUUGCCAUACAAGCCUAUGGGGGGUCUGGUCGUCCAUCCGUAUCCGGUCUUCUUUUCUUCCCUUCCAAGUAUUGCAGGGUAAGUCAGCUCUCAUGUCUUGUUGGUGACACUGAGGUGGAGGUAACAGUUGCUUGGUCCUGGCUUGUACGGAGUAAAUGACAAGAUGGAAAUCUUGUGAUCAAGGGAUCUACUUACUACCUAUCUUUGCCCAUCUACUAUGUAUUGCUACUCGUUAGUUCAAAUGUUGGAAUUAUUUGUAUGUCGGCCAGCUAUGUAAGUAGGAUGAUGUCCCAACUGUUUGUGUAGACUCUGUAUUGUGUUAUCUGAUCGGACUAACUUAUUGUACUAUGUUA